GUUAAUCUAGGCGUUGCUGCUGUUCACUCCCCCUUGAGCAGCAAGGACUAGUUUACGAGAGAUCACAGGCAGAGAGAUGAGCGAGGCACAAGGAUGAGACAUUGGCCGCUGUUUGAUUUCAUGCUUUGUUUUUUGAUAAUAGGGCGCGAUUGGAUGCCACGAUACUAGAGAAUGUGCUGGCGGGGCCAGCCCAACCGCCUGUGUUCUAAAAUGGAUUUGAAAUUGCGGUAGGUUUCCCUGUUCAUUGUGCGGUCUGCGGCCGUAGAUAAAGAUGCGUGAAGCACUGCUGGCCAAGUCCAGUAUUGAUUCGAUUGAAAAACAUGUGUUCUUGGUCGAAAUGGAAUUACUGUCGUUUUCUCUGUUGUUUGGAUUGUUCAUUAUAAGAACACUAAUCGAUGACACAAGGGCACCUAGACCACCAUAUUGCCAGGAUAAUUGAUGAUUCCUCCCAAUGAAAACAAGGAGGUGUCGGUUUUCAAAACAAUGGGGGACAAGGAGAACAAUCUCAAAACGGCUAAAUUGUGGAGAGAUGCUGCUCUCCGCUCUAGGAAGCUGCGAAGCAACCUGCGACAGCUCACCCUCUGCUCCCAAAACAGGGAGAAGAUCAUUCUACCUGAAAAUAUAAGCGAUAUAGAGGUACUCAAUCUGGGCAAUAACUCACUGCACGAGCUACCAGAAGGAUUGGGGGCAACCCUCACAAACCUGCGUAGCCUUGUCCUACGCAGGAACAAAUUUGUCACAGUUCCUUUUGUGGUGUUUGAACUGGGUCCUCUUGUGGAACUGGACAUGAGCCACAACUGCUUGGGCCACUUCUCUGAGGACAUAGGCCUGCUGAAGGGGCUGAAAAAGCUCUGCAUCAGUCACAACAACAUCCAGUACCUGCCAUCACAGAUUGGGGCACUGCAUUGUUUGGAGGAGCUGGACAUAAGCUUCAAUGACAUAUGUGAUUUCCCCAGGUCCUUCUCACAGCUCAAGAGGCUUCGUUCUCUGGAUGCUGAUCACAACAAGCUGAACCAGUUUCCCCCAGAGAUUCUUGCCCUCAGUGACAUGGAGGAGCUCGACUGCUCUGGGAAUACAUUUGCGUGUCUACCAGAGGACAUCAUUAAGCUGCAGUCCAUCAAGAUCCUGUGGCUCAGCAGCAUUCACAUCUCCAUGUUACCAGACACGUUCUGUCACCUGCACAACCUGGAGAGCCUGAUGCUGGACAGUAACAACCUCACAGCUCUGCCUCGUUCCUUUGGCAACCUGCAGAGACUUAAAAUGGUCAAUCUAUCCUCUAAUGAGCUUGAGGAGUUUCCCCAGGUUAUCCUAAACAUCACAGGACUAGAAGAGCUUUACCUGAGCAGAAAUAAACUGUCUUUUGUUCCAGAGGAGAUAGGCCAGCUGCGUAGGCUGGCAAACCUCUGGUUAGACAAUAAUAACAUUACUUAUCUGCCCGACUCCAUUGUGGAGCUAAAUAGAUUGGAGGAGCUUGUUUUACAGGGUAACCAAAUAGCCAUACUUCCAGAUAACUUUGGAAAACUCUCCAAGGUAAACAUUUGGAAAGUGAAGGAUAACCCCCUCAUCCAGCCUCCCUAUGAGGUCUGUAUGAAGGGGAUCCCCUACAUCGGUGCUUAUCAAAAGGAACUUGCACAUUCCCAGCUGGCUGUGAAACCCAGGUUAAAACUGGUCCUGAUGGGAAUGAAAAACGCUGGGAAAACACAGCUCAGGCAGAGUGUUGUGAGUGAGCAGCAGGAUGCCAACUCUGCUCAGGGAAACAAAGGGGUUGAUGUGACUAAUUGGGUAGCGGACGCCGAUCGCAGUCUUACAUUUUUAGUGUAUGACCUGUCAGGGAAGCCAAACUAUGACCUCAUCAAACCUUUUUUUCUCUCACCUGGUGCUCUGUACAUCCUCGUUGUGAAUCUGAAAACAUACUCACCCAAGAACUUUUACGCCCACGUGGGCUACUUCCUCCAUCUCCUCAAUGCAAAAGUGCCCCACGCUGUGGUCUGCAUGGUGGGCACGCACACAGACCUGUGUGGAGACAUGGAGGUGGAGGGGAAGAGCCUUGAUAUCCACAGACAGAUUGCCCUGCAGGAGAAGUGGGACACCCAUUGCCUGCGGAGCCUUGCCCAGCAGGUGGACCAGGCCCUGGAGCAGGGCUACAACGUCCGCACCUCCAGCCCUCACAUCCUCUUCUACGGCGUCACAGACAAGAACCUGAGACGGAAGAAAGCCCAGCUGCAGUACAUGCUGAACCACAGGCUACAGAUCCUGUCCCCUGUCCUGUGUGUCAGCUGCACGGAGAGCCAGAUAAAUAUCCAGAGGCUGAGGGAGAAGCUCAUGUCAGUGGCUGACCAUCGUGACAUCUUCCCCAACCUCCACCGCGUGCUGCCCAAGUCCUGGCAGAUGCUGGAGGAGCUGCACUUUAAGCCCCAGGACCUGUGGCUCUCGUGGUGGGACUCGGCCCGUUUGGGCCUCCAGGCUGGGCUCACGGAGGACCGCCUGCAGAGUGCCCUGUCCUACCUACACGAGAGUGGGAAGCUACUCUACUUCGAGGACAGUCUGACACUAAAGGAGUAUGUCUUCCACAACCUGCCACGCUUCAUUGCAAUCCUCAAUGUCUUCUUCCAGAGGGAUGAGUCCACGCUGCUGGAGAGACUACUGUCGGACAGUGAGAAGGGGGACAAGAGGAGGACCAGUGUAGUUAUAGAUGGGGAGAAGGGAGAGAACCUCAGGGCUACCCAUCUACAGCACCAAGUGGAGGGCUUCCUCAGCCACGGCCUCCUGCCUUCUAACGUCAUACGGCUGCUCCUGAGACCUCUCAUCCAAACCCAGCAGGACCUCCACCUCAUCAUGGAGCUGCUAGAGAAGAUGGGGGUCUGCUACUGCAUUAACAAGCCCCGCAGCAAGCCUCUGAACGGGGCCACCGUCUGGUACAAGUUCCCCAGCUAUGUCAGCAAUGAGGAGCCCCAUGCCGAGGCCUGGGUGAACGGCAGCUCAGUGGCUGCUAGUCAGUUCUUCUCUGUGGAGCAGCUGCAGAUUGAAUACAGCUUCCCCUUUCUCUUCCCUCCUGGACUGUUUGCACGCUACAGUGUGCAGAUCAACAGCCAUGUGGUUCAGCGGUCAGACGGGAGGCACCAGAUCUUUGCCUAUCGCGGUAAAGUGCCUGUGGUGGUCAGUUACCAGCCGGCUCGGGGCAGGCUGCAGGCCGAGUCACUGUCCAUAGCCAGCCAUGCCUCCCUGCCAAAUAUCUGGACUGCUUGGCAAGCGAUAAUCCCACUGGUUGAGGAGCUGAAUGUCCUUCUGCAGGAGUGGCCCGGGCUCUACUACACUGUUCAUGUUCUGUGUUCCAAGUGCCUCAAGAGAGGGUCACCCAACCCACACACCUUUCCGGGUGAGCUGCUAAGCCAGCCACGCCCCGAGGGGCUGACUGAGAUCAUCUGCCCAAAGAACGGUUCGGAGCGGGUCAACGUGGCACUGGUUUACCCCCCUACGCCCACCGUGGUCAGCCCCUGUCUCAAAUGAGCCCUUCUGCCUAGCCUCUACUGUCCUGUCCUGUCUGACUGUACCCUCACGCUGCCUGCCUCUCUAGCCAACUCCUGAGUCUGAACACCACACCCCAGCUCUCCCUCUGAAUCUCCUCAACCUACCCAGGCAGCAGCCUGACUGGACACAUAGCCAUGCAAGGUCACAGAGAUAUGCACCGUCAGCUGGAUGGAGCAGAGCAGAUAACUGUAAGUAUCCUGAAAUAUUAAUGCAGGAUUGGCCUUCUCGAAAGGGUCAUAGGUUAUCCAGCUGUUUCUACAUGCCUCGCCAUGGUGACAAAGACGGUAUUAAAGGACUUUGGCUGAAAGCAAACCUGGGUUGUUUUUAAGACCCAUGCAAGCCAUCAACAAGCAGUAUCUUUUCCAACUGUCCUACUCUCUACUGCCCUCCAAAACUCUAACAAACCUCUGCCUACAACCUACCCAAGACGAAACACAGGAAAUCAACCUAUCCAUGCUAUCAAUUCAACAACAAGAGAGAUGAGUGGGCAAAGACUUGGACUGGUUUCUCUCUUUACUACUUAGUGGUGUCAUGAAAUGUUGGAAACCUCUUGGCUGGACUGCUACCCAUUCUAACUUCCCGUAAUGCUGCUUAUCCUGUCCACAUGUCAAGGUUGUGAUUGAUGAACGUGGGAAAGAGAACUGACUGAACCUCCUACGUUAUCAUGCUGUUUGUAAACCAAAUACUGUCUUGUAUAGCCAAAUACAUGAACCACAUACUCCUGAACACACAUUACCCAUGUACAGACCUUAUUCUUUGCUUUAGCCUUUUGCGAAUGGACAGAUGUAUCAUAUGAAGUAAAUGCUGGGUCUUACAUAUUAUGACAGACAUACUGAACAAAAAUAUAAAUGCAACAUGCACCAAUUUCAAAUAUUUUACUGAGUUACAGUUCAUAUAAGGAAAUUGGUCAAUUGAAAUAAAUGAAUUGGGCUCUAAUCUAUGGAUUUCAAAUUACUGGGAAUACAAAUAUGCAUCACAGACAACUUAUUAAAAAAAAAAAUUAAGGGCAUGGAUCAUCAAACCAGUCAGUAUCUUGUGAACAUUCCCGCAGUCAGCAUGCAAAGUGCAUUCUCCCUCAACUUGAGACAUCUGUGGCAUUGUGUUUUGUGACAAAACUGCACAUUUCAGAGUGGCCUUUUAUUGUCCCCAGCACAUGGUGCACAUGUGUAAUGAUCAUGCUGUGUAAUCAGCUUAUUGCUAUGCCACACCUGUCAGGUGGAUGGAUUAUCUUGGCAAAGGAGAAAUGCUCACUAACAGGGAUGUAAACAAAUUUGUGCACAAAAUGUGAGAGACAUAAGCUUUUUGUGUGAAUGGAACAUUUCUGGAAUCUUUUAUUUCAGCUCAUGAAACAUGGGACCAACACUUUACAUGUUGUGUUUUAUAUUUUUGUUGGGUGUUUUAUGUAAGAUCAGUGGACUGCCUUUAUGCCAAGGAAAUUCCAGUUCAGCUGGAUUUGAAAAUAUGUUUCAUUUUAACAUAUCCUGACCAAACCAUGGUGUGAUGUAUAUGUGAUAUGCCAUUUCAACUUCAGUAAGAAAGGUACUCGGUUUCUCAUUAGACUUGUUCAAAAAUUAUCAUUGUAUUUAAAUAAAAUAUAAUAAUGUUCUCUAAAGGAAACAGAAAAAGAAGACCUCUGUAGGUGUUGAGUUUUAAGUCUUCAUAAGACUAUUUGUGGUCAUGUUGGAAGAGGACUUUAUUUCAAGAUGUUUGUUCACUGCUAUGGGGAGAUACUGCAAUAUGUUUAAAACAUGGAAGAAACAAGUUAAUACACCUUUUGUGUGUAAUAUCUUUAUUUUUGUAUGUCGACACAAGUUGUCACCACCCUCUCUCAACAUUAUUUACAGUGCAAUGUUGUGCAUGGCUCUCUUGGCCAAUGUGAGAGUGUACAUACAAUUUUAUAUGUAGCUGGUCAAACCAUCUCCCAACACAACAUAUAAAGCACAAAAUACAAGUAUGCCAACUACUGGUUUUAAUAUUA